AUGUCCGCGCUGCGGGCGGAAGGCGGGGAUAAGCCCCUCCCUCCCGCUGGGGUUGCCGUUCCGGGGCACGGCAGGCAGAGCAGGGCAGGCAGGAUGGGGUUCACGCUGGAGAGCCUGCGGGAGGCCAUGAAGUACAUGGUGGAGUCUCAGGGCUUCGACCGGGUGCUCCGCAAGAUGAAACUUGUUUCUGCAACUCCUGGAAAAAUUGUUUGUGAGAUGAAAGUAGAGGAGGAGCAUACAAACAGAGGUGGCACAUUACACGGAGGUCUGACAGCCACACUUGUGGAUGUGGUGUCAACAGCAGCGUUGCUGUACACAGAAAGAGCAUUGCCUGGGGUCAGUGUGGACAUGAACAUCACAUACACUUCUGCUGCUAAGAUUGGAGAAGAUGUACUGAUUACAGCUGAGAUUUUGAAGCAAGGAAGAAAUAUUGCAUUUGCCAGCGUGGAUUUAACAAAUAAGGCGACAGGAAAGUUAAUUGCACAAGGUAGACAUACAAAAUAUCUAGGAAAUUAAUAUAUGUAAUUUAAAAAAUAAUAAAGUUGGACUUAGGAAUCUCAUACAGAAUGAUUUCUUCAUUUAAGUAAUAAGAUAUCAUCUGCACAAAGUUGUGGUAGUCUAUAUAAAGUGAAUUAGUUUCACUCCCAUACUAAACAAACAAAUUCCUUAGUUACCAUCAGAGUUGCUACAAGCCU